CCUUGAAAGCGCAUCAAAAUGGGAUGUCCAUCAGAGAAGCUUCAAAAGCGUACAAUAUCCCAAAAUCAACACUAGCUGACAGGGCUAGUGGCAGAUAUGAGGUAAAUGUAACUCAUGGUCGUCCGUGUGCGAUACCAAUUGAAGUUGAAAAGAAAAUUGUCGAAACAGUGAAAGUAGCCGCUGAGAGGGGAAUUGGAAUUUCGCGGAAGCAGUUGCUACUUAGGACAAACGUGUUGUGCCAACGCAUUCAGGUGCAUACAUCCUAUAAGAACUUCCACGCAGGUAAAAACUGGUGGGAAGGCCUCAAGAGACGUCAUGGGCUUACACUUAGACAGCCAGAGCGCCUCGGUAGUACGCGUUGUCGUAUGAUGAAUCGUGAAGUUGUAGGAAAGUAUUUUGAGGCAUUGUCAAACAUCAUUACUUCCUCAAACUUGAAUGACAAGCCAGAAUUCAUCUGGAAUUGUGACGAGACCAGCAAGAAUUUUGAACACAAUCCAAUUAAAGUUGUUUCUGGUAUAGGUGCUAAAAAUGUAUGUGGUAGAACAAGUAGCAAAUCUACUAAUAUAACCAUUAUGGCAUGUGUUAACGCAGCCGGCAAAGCUAUGCCACCCAUGUUUAUAGUAAAGGGAAAGACCCAAGGUCAUUGUACUCGUUCAAUACUCAGGCAGCUCCUCCUGGUACUAAGUGGUCCUACCAGAAGGGCUGGAUGA